GAAUGAUGAAAGUAAUGAAAGUGCAUUAGGUAAAUGAUCUGAAAUGAUUGAGUUGUGUGUGGAAUGGUGAAUGAUUUCUCCCGCUGAGACUCCAUCGUUGACGAUUGAAGCUUGAAGAAUCACACAGAAGACGAAAAUGGCGACAGAGUUUCCUCUGCUUCAUCGCAAACAAUUUUGAAAGUUUCCAUUGGAAACUACGAGAACGAACACGCCAACUCAAAAUCUCCUGCUCCACUUUCUCACUCUCCAAAAAUUUCACUCUCUCACUUCACCAAUUGCUAAGGCGCUACGAAGAAUAUGAUCAAUCCAGCAGAUGAAAAUCACGAACUAAAUUAUGCGAAACGUUUCUCGAUUAGACAAUAUACCCUUUCUUGUCGUCAAAAGAACAUAUUUGAUUGCUGGCCAUUUCCAGACAAGUACCUGCUUCUGUGUCAGAAGCAUGGUGUUACCAAUGUUUUGCCACCAAUUCAUCCCCCUCGUAGUGUCAUUCAAUCAUCUGAAGAUGACCACUCGAUUGAUUUUAAGGCAGACAACAAAGAUCCCAUUGUCAUUCAUUCAGCUGCUACAGAAUCAAACAAUUCCAGAGAAAUCUGUUAUUCAUCAGGGAUAUCCCAUGAUGUUUCUUUUGAUAUGUUGGGUCCUCAAACGAAUACAACUUCACAUUCAUGUCUCGAUGUUGAGAAACAGCCAAUUUGGUCGGUGGAUUGCUCGAGAAUGUCGAGGAAAAAUGACAGGAGACGAAAAGGGAAACAAAAGAAACGGUUGAUGGUGGAUAUUUUGGCAGUGGCAAAGCCUUGUAGUUUGGAAGAUGUUUAUGAAAUGAAUAGCGAGAAUGUUGAUAAAAAUACAGCCGUUGAGAAAGGGUUGAGAGGAGUUAAACAAUCAGCCAUUGUUGACCAUGGCUGCAACUCUGAGCUUGCAGAGGAUUGCUCAAAUGAAAAGCUUGAAAUUCAUGGUUAUGAAGAAGAAUACCCCAACUUGUUAGGACAAAACAGAUGGGUAUUGAAAAGUCAAACUCAUAGGCUACAGAUCCAAGUCUAAAGCAUUAGUUCAUUUCGGCUUUAUGCAAGUGCAAAUUAUGUUAGAACAGAUUUGAGGGAGCACAGUAUAUUUUCCAGCAACGGCAGCAAGAGCCUUCAAUUAACAGGGGCGAGACUGGGGAAGACCUCUAUGCAAUGAGCAAUAUUUCUGUUGGUAUUUAUUUGUGUAAUGCAAACGAGGAGGUAACAAACUUAAAUGCUAAUUAUUUUGAGCAUUCAGGAAAUUUUCAACACACCAAAAAUGUUAGACCAGAAAGAUUGUUCAGAAUAUGUUGCAUAUUUAUAUGUAUGAGCUGCUAGUUGGACAAGGGUUUACCUUAGUUUUCAUAAAGGCUGGUUUCUUAUGGUCCAA